UGCAUUUUCCACCUUCUGCGUCUGUCAUACAUGCUACGUACCCGUUGGCUGGAUGCUUGUCAUCGUCAGCCAUGACGUUCAAUUGGCAGACUGAAUGUGUGCAAGGGCCGUCAGGUGAGCAGUCUCGGCCGCUGUCUGUCAUCUUCGUUGUUAUUAGAGCAUGUACUAGGUCUGUACCAAUACUACGAAUAAGCCUCAUCUCCUAGUAUAUCCGGACGACCCGCUCGUGGAGCCGACUCUAUCACCAGCACAUAUAUCGGUCUGCCCUCCUCCAGAGUGGCAUAACAUAUACCAGCACAGGCUUGGGACCCGCCCUCCAACAAACACUGACGCGUGCCAUGAGGUCUCUCCUCCUCGGCCUCAUUGGUGCCGCGCUCCCCUCCGCGCAAGCCCUCUUCAUCAACGGCUCUGUAACGGCUCCCUGCGACUCGCCAAUAUACUGCUACGGAUCCCUGCUCCAUGAUGUCGAACUCGCCCGUCCCUUUGCUGACUCAAAAACUUUUGUCGAUCUUCCCACAAUUCGGCCGUUAGAUGAGGUUCUGGCUGCAUAUCAGAACUUGUCCAAGCCAUUGAAGAACGACACCGCCUUGCACGAUUUCCUGAACACCUAUUUUGGCCAGGCAGGGGGUGAGCUGUCGGAGGUUCCGGCGGGCGAGUUGCGUACGGAUGCACAGUUUCUCGCACGAGUCCGAGAUCCGGAUGUGCGUGCUUUCAUCGAGCAGGUCGUGGGUAUAUGGCCGUCGCUGACUCGGCGAUACAAUGCCUCCUCGUCGUCCAUGUGUGACGGGUGUGUUGACUCGUUCAUUCCAGUUGAGCGCCCGUUUGUCGUUGCCGGAGGACGCUUCCGCGAGCCGUACUACUGGGACUCGUUUUGGGUGAUCGAGGGCUUGCUGAGGAGUGGAGGUAGUUUCGUGGGCAUAGCGCGGAAUAUCAUUGAGAACUUCCUCGAUCUUGUUGAGCAGCUUGGGUUUGUGCCGAACGGCGCGCGUGUGUACUAUCUCAAUCGCAGCCAACCGCCGCUGCUCACACAGAUGGUCAAGGUGUAUGUCGAGCAUACAAACGAUACCGCCAUCCUCGAACGCGCUCUGCCCCUACUGAUCCGAGAAUACGACUUUUUCACCACUAAUCGCAGUGUCGACAUUGACGCCUAUGGCAAGACAUACACCCUCAAUCGCUACGCCGUGCAGAACAACCAACCGCGCCCGGAAAGCUACCGCGAGGACUACAUCACCGCAACAAACACCUCCUACACCAACGACGAAGGCGCACAGUUUCCCGCCCUCCACAACCUUACCGACUCCGAGCGCGCCACCCUCUACAGCAACCUCGCCUCCGGCGCCGAGUCCGGCUGGGACUACAGCAGCCGCUGGCUCGCAAACCCCUCCGACGACAUCACAAACACCUCCUUCCCACUCCGCAGCCUCAACACCAUCUCCACAAUCCCCGUCGACCUCAACAGCAUUCUCUACGCCAACGAAGUCGCCAUCGCCUCCUUCCUCACGACAACCGGCUCCCCAGCCGAAGCAUCCAAAUGGUCCGUCCGCGCCGCCGCCCGCAGCCAGGCCAUGUACGACCUCAUGUGGGACCCACGCUACAUGUCCUACUUCGACUACAACCUCACCUCACACUCCCGCAACACAUACACGCCCCUCACCCCCGCCGGCGCCACAGACAACAACACCACACCACCACCCCCCGACGUCCCCGCCGGCCACUCCCUCUCCUUCUCCCUCGCCCACUUCACCCCCUUCUGGACAUCCGCCGCCCCCGCAUCCAUCCUCCAGAACCCAACUACAAUGCGCCGCGUCUUCGCCCCUAUCGCCGCCCGCCUCGCCGCCUUCCCCGGCUGUCUCGCCAGCACAAACACGCUUACAAGCCAGCAGUGGGACGCACCUAACGCUUGGCCCCCGCUGCAAUAUAUCGUCAUGCGCGGCAUCCUGAACGUGCCCCCCACCAGCGGCACGGUGGGCGACGCAGGGGCGGAUUGGACGUGGCUGCAGGACCUCGCGCGGCGUGUGGCGCAGCGGUAUGUAGAUGCGACGUUUUGUGGGUGGGAGGCGACGGGUGGGGGGAAGGUGGAUGGGAGUGUGGAGGGCGGGCGGACGAGAGGGGUUAUGUUUGAGAAGUAUAGUGAGGAGCGGGUUGGGGUUGCUGGGGGUGGGGGCGAGUAUGAGGUUGUGGAGGGGUUUGGGUGGACGAAUGGGGUUUUGUGA